AAGAAGAAAGUAACACCAAACCUAAUAAAAAAUUAAGACAAAGGUCAGUGAGUCUACCACUAAAAGAGAAAAAACAAGAGAGAGAAACUAUAAGAAUACUAGUUUACACAGAGAAAGCUUGAGCUGGAUUCACAUGGCGUCUUUACCUCUCGCUCCUCAUCAAACCCAUAAUCCUCCUCCUGAUUCUCGCCCUACUACUAAAAAACCUCUUCCUUCUUCUCAACAACACUCCAUGUCUGAUGAUAAGGAAAUGUCUCCUGCUGUAAUACAGGGGAAUGAUCAGGUUACCGGCCACAUUAUUUCGACAACCAUUGGUGGAAAGAAUGGUGAACCAAAGCAGACUAUAAGUUACAUGGCAGAACGUGUUGUUGGAACUGGAUCUUUCGGGGUUGUGUUUCAGGCAAAAUGUUUGGAGACUGCAGAAACUGUUGCAAUUAAAAAAGUCCUGCAGGAUAGGCGUUACAAGAAUCGAGAAUUACAAUUAAUGCGUUUGCUUGAUCAUCCUAAUGUGAUCUCCCUCAAGCAUUGUUUCUUUUCAACUACUAGUAAAGACGAAUUAUUUCUCAACCUAGUAAUGGAAUAUGUACCGGAGUCAUUGUACCGUGUUCUUAAGCAUUAUAGCACUAUGAACCAAAGGAUGCCUCUUAUUUAUAUAAAAUUAUACACAUAUCAGAUUUUCCGGGGAUUAGCAUACAUCCAUAAUGUUCAUGGUGUUUGCCACAGAGACAUCAAACCACAAAAUCUCCUUGUUGACACACUUACCCACCAGCUCAAAAUCUGUGACUUUGGAAGUGCUAAAGCUCUGGUCAAGGGAGAACCAAACAUAUCAUACAUAUGUUCUCGAUAUUACCGAGCGCCAGAAUUAAUAUUUGGCGCAACUGAAUAUGGAUCAUCUAUUGAUAUCUGGUCAGCCGGUUGUGUUCUUGCAGAACUUCUACUUGGCCAGCCAUUGUUCCCCGGUGGCAAUGCAGUGGAUCAACUUGUCGAGAUAAUUAAGGUUCUUGGUACUCCUACUAGAGAGGAAAUUCGAUGUAUGAAUCCCAAUUAUACUGAUUUUAGGUUCCCACAAAUCAAAGCUCACCCUUGGCAUAAGGUUUUUCACAAGAGAAUGCCUCCUGAAGCCAUUGAUCUUGCCUCUCGACUACUUCAGUAUUCUCCUAGUCUUCGAUGCACUGCAUUGGAAGCAUGUGCUCAUCCAUUCUUUGAUGAACUUCGAGACCCAAAUGCACGUCUUCCUAAUGGUCGCCCGUUACCACCUCUCUUCAACUUUAAGCAGGAAUUAGCUGGAACUCCACCCGAACUGAUUAACCGAUUAAUACCGGAACACGUGAGGCGGCAGAUGGGUUUUCCCGGAUAAAGCAUAUCUGGUACGGAAAGUGAAGCUGAUAAUCUUUUACGUGCAGUUGAUCGUAAAAUCCGGGCAUACUUCUCCAACUUGUGAGCUCAAGGUUCUUUUGCUCACCCUACAAUGAUGUACACACAUACUAGCCUUUUGGCUAGAGCUGCAGGAACUAGGUCGUAUUUACGGAACUGUAUGUUAGGUGCUGUACAACGUCUUGAUGGUAAAAAAUGUCUCUGGUAAGGUGUA